UAUGCUCGCAAUUUCCUGGGAAGUUCUGCCGAUUAAGACGAUUGAUUCAGUCCCAAUCGGUGUAGCACAACGACAACAACUCGCGGCAGCUGACCAGGCAUCAUUGCUGGCCAACAAGUGCAGCUGGCUAGUAAUAACGGCGACCUGAUUUGUCCGCGUCUUGCAGGGUUUAUCUUUGCAAACGGACCAACAGAGAACAAGUGCACGGUGCGCUGUACUACGAUAACUAUGCUGAGACCUGACUGUUGAUGCGGCGUCACAAAAGGAUGGACUGCACAGCAACCUGAGGAUACAGCAAUGGCUCUGAAACAACUUCAAAGUUCAGUGAGUUACCGGCGCUGUUUCAAACGGACUGCCUUCAUCUUCGUCCUGGCAGCAGUGUGUCUGAUUGUGAGCGGUGCUUCAUACCAUCAUGCCAAGGUCAAAACUGCUAUAUCGGCCGCACUCACGAGUUUGUCCACGAAGCCAGAUAUGCCCUCGAAUUCACCGUUCACCGAAGAGACGAGAAACGUCUCCUAUAGCAACGAACUUCAGUUACUUGCUGGGAACCAUUCCGACAGUGUUCAACAGAUAUUGAAAAAGCUUUUUACAGCAGGACAAAAGCGGAAACCGGACAAACAUUUCAUGGAAGAACAAGCGUUUGUUCAGUUCCAGCGCAAGAAAACUUUGCGUCAGGCGUGCAGGAGACACCCUUACGUGAUGCAACGAGAACAAUCCUCAGGACAGUUUUUCGUCAUGGAAAAGAGCCAAAUACUCUAUUGCUCCGUUCCGAAGACUGGGUGCACUAACUGGAAACGAGUCUUCAUGGUCCUGGAAGGCGAUCGUCCCAACACAGAAAACAUCUCAGGCAACGAUGCCCACUUUAGCAACAACUUCAAGCAAUUGUCGCACAGGCGCUUGCUCCGAGACAUUCGGAAGUACGAUGCGUACACCAAGUUCCUGCAAGUGCGCCACCCGUUCGUGCGCCUGAUCUCGGCCUACCGGAACAAAAUCUCCGGCGAGACUCCGCUUGUGAACCAAGGAGAAGAGUUCGGCCAAAUGGCCGAGUAUAUCGUCCGAAAGUACCGCCGUGGCGCAGGGAUCGAGGAUUACAAUCUGUCGACCUUGCACGUGACCUGGGCGGAGUGGAUACGUUAUUUGACCGACCCCACGGAAAGGCGUGACUUUAACGCACACUGGAGGGAGGUGUAUAAACUCUGCCUGCCGUGUCGCAUCAACUACGACUUCAUAGGCAACCUGGAGACAGUUGGCUCUGACUCGGGGUUCAUGUUGGACCAUUUGGGACUUGCAGACCUCCACUUCCCUAGCUCAAGAGCAGCCUAUCUCCAUGACAGCGAGAAGAGGGGAGAAGCAUUGUUCGAUCAAUACUUCGGGAAUGUGAGCCGAGAGGAUAUCCAACGACUGUACGACAUUUAUAAAGUAGACUUUGAACUGUUCGGUUUCGAAAAACCAUGGCAGCUGUAUUAAAAUAUGUAAUGUGCACUGGGGAAGAGGAGUGGAGUGUGGCCUAGUUGUUAUAGGUUUCGUGACUCAUGAUGAUGGGUCAGGGGUUCGAAUCUAGCCGCUUGCAAUAUGUUGUGUCCUUGGGCAAGCCACUUCACUCACUUGCCUCUCUCUACCCAGGUGUAUAAAUGGCUACCGGCAUUA